AUGUGGCUGGAGCUCGGCUCACUAACAGGGCUGAGGGCCGAGGAGGUGCUUGGCCUAGUGCUAGAUGAUCCACUAAAUUUGUAUUUUCUUAAGUUCGCAGCUACAGCCGACAACAAAAAAUGUUCUGGUUUGUUGCAAUGGUCCUUACGUGAUUAUCGAGAUGUUGUCCUGGCUGAGUGUGAUCGGACAUCAUGCAGGUCAAAGGAGGGAUUUAACAUCUCUCAUGAUCAGUACCUGAGAGGAGAUUCCUCUCUCACCAUCACUGCAGCUGAUUACAGUCAGAGGAACGUGUACGCAUGUGAAUGUGAAGACUCAGACUUCUCUUAUGUUCGCCUCAUCAUAGAGACUGUGUUCUCACAGGUUCAGAUGGAGUCUGGUGAAGAUCUGAAGCUGCAUGUGUCUGUACCAGAACCAGUGGAGGUGAUUUAUAAAAGCAGUGGUUCAGCUGAUGAAGUGAUCUGCAGGGUGAAUAAUCUCUCACUGCAGUGUAAAGAUAAAUACAGAGACAGAACAUCACUCACUUACCCUGAGCUCACACUGAGACACAUGGAGCCGAGGGAUAGUGGAAGUUACACCAUCCGGGACACGAAGAAUGAGGAAGACAUUCAGAUAUACGCCGUCUCUGUGGAAGCUGUGUUCUCACCAGUUCAGAUGAAGUUUGAUGAAGAUCUGAAGCUGCAUGUGUCUGUACCAGAACCAGUGGAGGUGAUUUAUAAAAGCAGUGGUUCAGCUGAUGAAGUGAUCUGCAGGGUGAAUAAUCUCUCACUGCAGUGUAAAGAUAAAUACAGAGACAGAACAUCACUCACUUACCCUGAGCUCACACUGAGACACAUGGAGCCGAGGGAUAGUGGAAGUUACACCAUCCGGGACACGAAGAAUGAGGAAGACAUUCAGAUAUACGCCGUCUCUGUGGAAGAGCCUGGUUUUCCUGCAUGGGGGAUUGUAUUGAUAGUGCUGUGUCUGCUCAGCUGCUGUAUUGGAGCGGGAAUAUACCUAAUGCGGAGCUACCGUAUGAGGAAACAGUUGAAGAGGCGACAGCAGCUAGUGGAACAGCUUGUACAGCAGGCUGAAGGAGGGACAGAGGAGAACAUCAGAGAAGCAGAGAAGUCACUCGAUUUGCUGAAGCAGCAGUACUUCAACACUGGAUAUUCAGCCGAGGUCUUUGUGUUCUGCAUGGAAAAGAGGAAACAGCUGCUGGAGUGGCGAAUGCCACAACUGGAUCAGCUUGUACAGCAGGCUGAAGAAGGGACCGAGGAGAAGAUCAGAGAAGUGGAGGAGUCACUCAAUCACCUGGAGCAGCAGUACAACAACACUGAAUAUUCAUACAAGGUCAAAUUCUACUGCAGCAAAAACAGGAAACAACUGAUGGACAGGCGAUUGCAAUGUGUGGAACAGCUUGUACAGCAGGCUGAAGGAGGGACAGAGCAAAAUUUCAGAGAAGUGGAGAAGGAGAUCAAUCAGCUGGAGCAGCAGUACAUCAACACUGAAAAUUAUGAAAAUGUCGAAUUGUUCUGCAAGGAAAAGAAGAAACAGCUGCAGCAGUAUAAAAAGAGAGGAGAGUUAAACAGGCAACUGCUACAUGUGGUACAGCUUGUACAGCAGACAAAAGAAGAGAAAAAGGACACCAGUAAUGUGGAAAAGGAGCUCAAACAGCUGAAGGAGCAUUACAAGGACACUGAACAUUCAGACAAGGUCUCAUUGUUCUGCAGUGACAAAAUAUCAGAGCUGAACUGGUACAGACUACAGCAUGACAAACAACCAAUGACUGAGAAAAGGAGAAGAAUGUUGAACAGUCGAUUGCUCCAUGUGCACAAGCUCAUACAGCAGGCUAAAGAAGGGAAAAAGGACAGCAGUUAUGUAGAGAAUGAGAUCGAUCAGCUGGAGCAGCAGUACUGGAUCACUGCGUAUUCAGAACAGGUCACAGUGCUCUGUGAGAUAAAGAGAAAACAGCUGAAGGCAAACGAACCACAGCAUGGUAAUGAUGAAUGUCCAGUUCCUAUGAACGAAGAGUUGUACAGGCAAAUGAAACAGCUUGUACAGCAGGUUAAAGGAGGGACAGUGAAGAAGAUCAGUGAAGUGGAGGAGGAGAUCAAUCAGCUGGAGCUGCAGCACAUGACCAGUGAAGAUUUCUCAGUGGUCUCAUGGUUCUGCAUGGUAAUGAGAGCAGAGCUGUUCUGGUACAGACUACUGAAUAGUGACAAAGAACAGCUAAUGACUGAGAAAAUAGAGAUUCUGUUGAAGGUGGAGGAAUUGAUGAACAGUUUACAGAAGCUCAGAGACGGAGCAGAGCGAGAGCAGGAGAUACCGAGCUUUACAGUGAUUUACGAGAUGCAGAAACGUCUGAUCGAGUUCAAGAAGUGGUGUGAGGAGAAGAGGGAACAAUAAAUGACCUCAUACAGCACAGAGGUGGAGCUGUGUGAGACCAACACACACACACACACACACACACACACAAAGUGAUCAGAUUCAGGUUAGUUAUUUUGUAAAAAUUAGAAUUCAAUCAGGAUUUUUUUUUUCAUUUAAGCCCAAAGAAAUGACUCUUGUAAAAUAGUGCAGUACUGACAGCUGUGCGGUUCUGAUUCUGGUUCUCUCUGCCUGAUGUGAGUCACAUGGAAACAUCAUCACAGUUCAGUGCAAACUCUGUGUUGUAACAGUGAAGACUGCAGGUUUAUAUAUUAAAGGGCAGCAUCGCUGUACUAUAUCUUACACACUAACACACACUUACAUCUACACAAACAUUUACAACACACUAACACACAGCUACACAAACAUAUACAACACUUAUAAACGCACAAUUACAGUUACACAAAUCAUUUACUCUGUAUGUGUUUUUAAAGCCAGAAUAAAUUAUUAGAAUUAAGUAUUUUAGUUUAUUACACUUUUCUCUUGAUUUUAUUCAUGUGUGACCUUGAAGUAAUCCAAAAGUAAUCUCUCACAUACAGACACACACACACACUUUUUCUCUGCACCUGUUCCACCAGGUGAUUAAGAUAAAUACAGAAAGCUGUAUACAGAAACCAUAUUUUUCACUGUGGUUCAUAAACACUGUGUUUGAACUGAUCUCACUGGCAUUCCUAGGCAGUGAAGGUGUCUGUGUGUUUGUAGGUUUUGUGUCAUCUGAGGCCAAAGUUUGAUUCUGACAAAAAAUAAAAUGUAUUUUACUAAAAUACUGGAUAUAUUGGACAUGACAGUUUGAUGUUUGUACAAGUUGCUGUGUAGUUCUGAAAUUGUGUGUAUAGUUGUGAGAAAAUGGUUUCAUAAAGUGUGUGUUAGCAAUCAAGAAAAACUGAAAUAUACUCUACUCACAAAAAGUUAAGGAUAUUUGGCUUUUGGGUGAAAUUAAUGGAAAAUGUAAAAAGUUCACACUACAGUGAUAUUAUAUCAUGAAAGUAGGGCAUUUAAGUAGAAGCUGCAAUGGUGAUUUCCUCAUCUCAAACAAUUUACUGAAACAAAAGCCAACAACAGUGGUGGGUAUACCACAACAAAAAAUCUCAAUGUCUCAAUAAUCUGUCAUGUGCCCUUGACCAUCAAUUACAGCUUGACAACGACGUCUCAUGCUGUUCAUGAGUCGACUUAUUGUCUGCUGAGGCAUGGCAUUCCACUCUUCUUGAAGGGCGGCCCUCAGGUCAUUGAGGUUCUGGGGUGCAGGGUUACGAGCCUCUACACGGCGACUCGGCUGAUCCCAGAGGUUUUCUAUGGGAUUCAGGUCUGGAGAAAGUGCAGGCCGCUCCAUUUGAGGUACCCCAGCCUCCAGCAGCCGUUCCCUAAUGAUGCGACCUCGAUGAGCUGGAGCAUUGUCGUCCAUGAAGUCCAUGAAAUUAGGCCUGUGUUGUUCAUGCAGGGGCACAAUGACUGGAUUAAUGAUGUUAUUCAGGUAGUAUUGGCUUGUCACUGUACCAUUCACAAGAUGUAGGGCAGUUCUGAGUAGACACACCUGCCCAGACUGUAACACCACCACAACAGUGGCUGAUGCAUAGCGCUCUCCUUGACAUCUCCAACAUCAUUGGCCGCCAUCAUUUCUGCUCAACGUGAAUCGACUUUCAUCAGAGAACAGCACUGAGGCCCACAGGGCCCUCGUCCAGCGUAAAUGCUCCCUGACCCUUGCAGGUUGUCUAGCACGCAGACCAUGCUGAUGUAAAUGGUUUUGAUUGGUCUGACGUGACACUUGGGUGCCUAUGAGUAUUCUUCAUCCAGUUCCGCAGGGCACUGUUCACAAUGAAGCAGUCAUCAACGUGGGAUGUGGCCAAAGGACAUCCACUUCUAUGCCUUUCUGUGACUCUUCCAGUCUCUCUGUAUCUCUGUCCCAACCUGCUGAUGACACUCUGUGACACUCUUGUUAGGUGUGGUCUUGGUCUCAUGAUGUCAAAAUGUGAACAGCAUGAUGAAGAGGACUGUUUAAAUAUUAAUUCUAAUUGAACCAGAAAAUUUAUUGGUCGAUUCAUGGAUCAAACACCAGUUGUGAAUUUUGCUGUUAAGCACAAUAUUUUUUAUGGAAUAACUGUUUUAUAAUUGCACCAAACCCAGUGAGGCUAUGGUUUACAGUGUAUUUAGAAUAGCUAAAGUGUUUUUUCUGCUUUACAUCAAACCUGAACUCCUGUAUACUGUAACUACCUAUUUUCCCCUUUUUAAUAAACUUUAUUUUAAAUAAAACAAGAACACUACCAUCCAAAACAGCACAGCAAUGGAGGAUAAAAAUAGUAAAUAGCAAAUAACAGAUAAAAACACUGAUACUCCGCCCCCUCAUCCACUGAUGUCUCCUUCCUCAAUGAGCUAAACAACUUUUAUGCCCACUUUGAAUGAGACAACCAGGAGAUAGCCACCAAGACCAAACCCCUUGAGAACCAUCAACCCCUCACACUCUCCACCCCAGACAUCUGUGCUGCUUUGAGCCGGGCUGACGUAUGUAAAGCUUCUGGACCCAAUGGCAUACCAGGAUGUGUACCUAUGCUGGACAGAUGUCUGAAAAUUUGAUUUUUCACAUUUUCACUCUGUCUCGAUCCCAAACAAAAGUGCCAACUUGCUGGUUCCUCUCAAGUUUUCUUCCUCUUACCAUCUAAGGGAGUUUUUCCUUGCCACAAUCCCCUUAGGCUUGCUCACUAGGGAUAAAUUUGUCGUACAUUAAUCUUGGACUGUAUGUUCUGUAAAGCUUCUUUGAGACAAUAUCCAUUGUUAAAAGUGCUAUACAAAUAAAAUUUUAUUGCAUUUCUUCAAACCCACUUUAAUCGUUCCACUGCCUAAGCUGGAGUGCCUGAAUGACCACUGCCCUGUAGCACUUGCACUCACUCACAUCUCAAAACCAGCCUUCCGUCCACACUGGACUGUCACCAAUUUGCUUACUGUAGAAUCAGGUGCACUGAGGAUGUUGUACUAACGCACCUGCAUAACAAGAACACAUAUACAAGAACGCUGUUUUUUUAAUUUUAGUUUGGCAUUUAACACAGUCAUCCUCUCCAAGCUGAUCACUAAACUUGCCAAUCUUUGCAUCAUCACUUUUGUAAUUGGAUACUGGACUUUCUGACGAACAGACUGCAGAAUAUUAAGUUAAAUAAUAUCACCUCCUCGACCAUCACAGUUAACACCAGCAUACCCCAAUGAUCACCUAUCUUAUUCUCUCUCUUCACCCAUGACUGCAGGCCUGCGAAUGGUUCUAACACCAUAAUCAAGUUUGCAGGCAACACCAGGGUGAUUGGCCUCAUCAGCGACAACAAUGAUUCACCAGAAUUAAUCUAACAGAGGUAAUCCAACAUCCAGAACAUAGGAUUCAGGAACAACAAAAGGCAAGCCAAGCAGUCCUAAAUCCCAGCACAGGUACAGAACAAUGAAGGGCAGGCAGGAAAUCAGAGUCAAAAAAACAGGUUAAGCAGGUUGAAGCAAGGAAAGAUAGCUAGUCAGAUGCACAGAGCAAAGUGAGAAGACUAUCUGGCGAGGAGCAUGUGCAGCCAGUUGGCUUAUAUAGGGCUGAUAAGCAUAACUAGCGAACAGGCUUGGACAGGCUUGAGUCUGGAGUCAUGGAAAGUCAGAUGGAUGCGAAGGCCCUGUGGAAGAUUGAGUCCGAUGGAUACUGGGUUGAGAACUUCGAGAUUGGAAUGGACCGACAAAGCAAAAAGUGAGUUUCUGACAGACAAUUUUUGGGGCAGAUCACGAUUGGAUAACCAAACUCGUUGGCCAAUGCCGUAGGGCGUGCCGGGUGGCGCUCACAGUUGCCCAUCGAUCAUAGCUUUGGCAUUGAGUGGAGAAGAACUGGGUCCCCCUCCAGACUCAUCAACACCAUUUAAACUAAGCAAGGGCAGAAGGUCAUCUGGGAGUCGGAAGGGGGCGGAGGAGACUGGCUUGCCCGGUUCUGGAUGAUUUAUGCUGAGAACAGGUGGGACAAGCUGCCACAAAUCUCUGGACAUCAUGCUUGAGUGAAGGCUACCAUAAACACAGUUGGAGGUUGAAUAAGGUACGGGAAACCCUGGGAUAACAGAAGAGGCGACUGCUGUGGCACCACUGGAGAACCUGAGAUCUAAGUUUUUUGGGGACAAAGAGUCUGUUCAUCUUGACAACCUUCUGGAAACAGUAUCCCAGAGGUUGCUUGCUGUAUUCUUCUCUCGAUCCCCAGGUGGAGGGCACGGAUGGUCACUGACGAAGGGUGGAUGUGUUCAGGAGCCGGGUCAUCCUCGUCGGGGCCGAAUUGCCAUGUAAGGGCAUCGGGCUUCCCAUUCUUCAAGCCGGGGUGGAAAGAGAGGGUGAAGUUGAAACACCCGAAGAACAGUACCCCUGUCACAGAUUGAGUCACUUGGCCCCUAGGGCCCCUAAGGAAUUCUAGGGUUCUGUGUUCUGUCCAUUCUAUAAAAGGCUGCUCUGCGCCUUCCAACCAGUGGUGCCACUCCUCCAGGGUCAGUUCUACUAACAGGAGCUCCCAUUCACCAAUGGAAUACUUCUGUUUGGCUGGGGAGAGGCGGUGAGAGAAGAAGGUGCAGGGAUGAAGGCAAUUGUCCUUAGGGGCCCCCACACCACAGGUCUGAUGCAUCCACUUGAGAUCGAUGGAUCUCCAACUUCCUGAGAGACAGACCUCAGGCAGUACGGGGGGGGCAACCAUGUCUCACCCUCCCUCACCCUCAGCACUGGAGCCCCCCAGGGUUGUGUUCUGAGCCCCCCUGUUGUACUCACUG